AUGUCUCUGCACAUAGCUUCGUCCCUCGCGCCGAGGACUCAGUAUCCCACGAAUCCAGUCAUACCUCUCCACGUCCUCGAUGCGCCGACACAGCGCUUCUACGCGCUCGGUCUCUACACCGCUCUCUUCGCAUGGAAGCUCUACGACUGGGUCAUGGUCGUAGAGGACGACAGCGAGUCCGUGUGGCUGGUCCUGAAAUGGAUCUUCAUCGAUUUCGUCUACAUAUUCGGCUUGCCAGAGUUCAGGAUACCAUGGCUGGAGUUCUCCCAGCUGUCCUGCACCGUCGCCUUUCUCUUUCACGCUGUAUUUGAUCUUUUGGUUAUGCUCAACAUCGGCCUACCCUUUGGCCCCGCCAUCGUGGCCUUCCUAAGGGUCUUUUGGGACCGCGAGGUCGCCAUAUCCGAACAAUACGUCAAAGUGUCCAGUGUGACCCAGAACGCCUCCCUUAUCUUGGGAAAACAGAUCAUUAACAUCCUGCCCGAGGGCUCAGCGGUCCUGAACCCGGAUGGCUACUCUUAUUGUAUGGGCGGCGACCGCACGGUCACUUUGCCCCUGCACUUUAACGCGACCGUACCAGUCGAGAUCGAGGUCAUUCGCACCGAUCUCGAGACAAACAACGAGGAGACCCUCAAACUCACCAAGGACCAUAUCAAGACGAUCAAGAAGCUGGUCAAGAGGCAGGAAAGUGAUCCCGAAAUGGCAGAUGCCAGGUUCGAUUGGCCGAUCAAGAAGCCUGGUGCCUAUCGGCUGGCCAAGGUCCUUGACGAAUACAAGCUCGAAGUGCAACGCCUGACCCCGAAUACCUUCGUGGUACCUUGCCCCAAGGCCCGGGUCAUUGCCUCGCCGUCCUCUGACCGCUGCUUGGGAGACCUGUCGGACCUUGCGCUGGAGGUGGUUGGCACGCCCCCACUCAAGAUCAACUACAGCCGUAGGAUCAAGGAUAAGGACCACAGCUUCCACUUUCAGAGUCUACAGCCCGAGGGCUUCUCGUCGCCUCUGAUGGGCUCACACAGGUCGUCGGCCCUCGUCAUGCCAGACGACGACUCUUCUGUGUCGUGGGCCAAAGCGGAGAGAGUCACUGUGAGCUUAAACGAGUCUAUGAACACGGGAGGUGCGUGGCAAUACUCGGUGGACGAGGUUCAGGACGCGUUUGGCAACAUCGUCAAGUAUCAGUCGCCAGCAGAUGACCCAGAGAUGCGUCCAAAGCCCAAGCACCUAGUGCAGGACUUCAUCGUCAAGGAACGCCCGACAGCUAUGAUCGAAGGCUGUGAUUUGCGAAACCCUGUAAAGGUUGCCAAGGGCAAGUCUACUAAAUUGCCUGUCAGCUUCCACGUGGCUGGCCAGACGGAUACGGCACACACCAUCAGUUGGCAAUUCUCGCCAAUCGACACCCUGACAAGGAAUGGCGACCACGGUGAGGUCGUGUCAUUUGACACGUACAAGGCGAAGAAUGCGAAGGACCAGCCCAAGAUCUCAGCACCGGGACUGUACACCCUGAAAUCAGUCUCUUCAAGCGCUUGCGACGGGCACGUUCAGGAGCCUGUCUCGUGUCUCCUCUUGAAUCCUCUUGAACCAAACCUCGUGCUACGCUCAACCGACAUUCCCGACAAGUGUGCCGGUAAUUCUAUCGGCAUGGCUGUGGACUUCGAUUUUGUCGGCACACCUCCUUUCACGGUCAAAUAUGAUGUUAUGCACAACGGAGCGACGAAGAGAAAGAGCUUCACAACGAACAGCAUGAGGCAUCAGGAGGAAUUCAUCCCCACAGAGGCCGGUACGCACACGUAUGUCUUUAAGGAAAUCAGCGAUAAUGUUUAUUCGGCUCAACCUCUCACCGGUCCGGAGAUGACUCUGGAGACGACGGUGACACCAGCGGCCUCAGCCUACAUCCGGAAGGAGUCCAAAAUGGUCUCGGCUUGCUUGGACAAAGACGUCGUAUUUGACGUUGUCUUCGCCGGGGAGGCGCCCUUCACCUUGGAGUGGGAACUUGUUCACGACGGCAAGAGGAAGCAAUUCAAGGCCGAGGGCAUCCAAGACAGGAUUUAUAAGAUCAGGACACCAAAAUUUUCAUCGGGCGGAGAGUACUCUGUCUCUCUGGUAUCUGUGAAGGACACAUCAGGUUGCCGCAUCUUCCUCCAAGACGAGCGCAAGAUAGCUGUCCGACGCCAACGGCCACGGGCUGCAUUUGGGCUGCUGGACGGAAAGUUCAAGACAAUGGCCAUCGAAGAAGAGCAAACCAAGCUGCCUGUCCGUCUGAGCGGAGAGGGGCCGUGGACAGUCGCUUACAAGAAUCUGAACGAGGGCCCGAACGCCAAGGUGCGCAGGGCUGUCCUCUCGUCUGGCAACGACGUGCUCAGUGUCACACAACGCGGCACAUACGAGAUUGUGGACGUGGAUGACGCCCAGUGUCCUGGCACUGUCGAUCCUAAAGCGGCGCAAUUUGAGGUGGAUUGGUUGCCCCGACCUAGCCUGGCUAUUCUACAAGCUCCCAGCAUCCACGAUGAAAGUGGAGCGUACAUCAAGAACGAUGUUUGCGAAGGAGACAUGGAUGGGUUUGAAGUUGGCCUCGUCGGUUCUCCUCCAUACCACGUUGAGUAUGAGGUCAGGCACAAGCCGAAUAGUGGAAGUUCGGCGAUCAACAAGAAGAACUUCGACGCCGCCCUCAGCAAGGCUACCGUCCAGAUGGAUACCUCGAGGGCAGGGACGUACACCUAUCUCUUCUCCACCCUGUCCGACAGCCUCUACGACGACAACAAGAAGUUCAGUCCCGUCAGGCUUGAGCAGAAGGUCAACCCGAAACCUACGGCCAAGUUCGCGAAACCCGGCCAGACGUACAAGAGCUGUAUGGCGGAUCAAGAUGUUGAAGACACGGUGGCGAUUGAGUUCUCGGGCACAGCACCUUGGACGGUGGUGUUCGAAAUUAAGCACGACAGCGGUGCGAGCACAGAGACGGUCCGUGUCGAAGGCCUAGAGAAAGAGAAGUCGCAGGUCAAGAUCCCAAGGGAGUACUUGCGACUUGGCGGCCAAUCCGUUCGCAUCCGUCAGGUCAGCGACGCUCGCGGAUGCAGGCGCACCUACGAGACAGGCGGGCCCUCCGUCCAGGUCCAGCUCUACGACGCCCCCUCGAUCUAUCCCCUGGAUCAGCGGAAGGAAUACUGCAUUGGCGAGCGUAUUUCCUACACCCUGGUCGGCACUCCGCCAUUCGAGGUCGAGUAUAUAUUUGAUGGCACGACGCGCCAAGCCAAGUCCACAACGACAAACUUCAAGCGGCUCGCCGAGACCGCCGGUGAGUUCACCAUCACAGCCAUCAGGGACAAGGCCUCCGAGUGCCAGGCCGCCGUCAAUAUCAGCAAGACGAUUCAUCCAUUCCCGACCGUGCGCAUUUCCAAAGGCAGGACGGUCCGGUCAGACAUCCACGAGGGCGGUGAGGUGGACAUCUUGUUUGACUUUACAGGUACGCCGCCAUUCGAGUUCACAUACACACGCAGUACGAACGAGCGCAAGGGCCAGCGAAGUCAGGUGCUGGAGACAAGGCACGACGUCAGCUAUGAGUAUAGCAAGGUGGUCAGAGCAAGCCAGGAGGGCACGUACGAGGUGGUAUCGAUCAAGGACAUGCACUGCGCGUUCUCGACACAGCAGGUCGAAGGGAGAUCGGAGGGCAAGAUGUUGACGUACUAAGUUAGAGAGGGAGGCGUCACAGCCCGUGACUUUUUGGUGUGGUAGAUGCGAAACGACGGAGGAUAAACAAGAGCAUCAAAAAUAGGGAAGCUAUAUUUGAGAUUGGCUUAGGAGAAUAGCCGGAUGAUUGAUUGCAUGAGCAUGGCGUUUUUGGAAGGCUCUUUUUUCCCCCUUGUGUGUUGUGUGAAAUAGACUGAUUUGGUAGUCUACGGAAGGAAGC